AGAGCAGUAAGGCCUAUCCUUUAACACGCCCAUUGUCCAAGGCUAGCAACGAAAGGGACUGGUUCCUCAAUCCGAGGCCAUGAUUUUGUAUAAUCACAAAAUUUCGAGUUAAUCUUUGAUUUGGGAGUGUAAUUUUGCACUUCAAGGUUUAUUGAUCUCCACUGCACGCAGUAUUCAUGGCUUCCAUUGUUGCUAGUCUACCUCCGCCAUUGUUGGCCCCUGGCAAAAGCUUCACCCUUCUGAAUACUUCUCAGAAGCUCACUGUUUUUCCCAUCGCAAAGAAACGUUCUGCGACUGUUGUUGUAAAGGCUACUGGAGACAGCUCCGAUUCUUCUUCCCUUAGUAUUAUUAAGUCUGUUCAAAAUAUUUGGGAUCAACCUGAAGAUAGGCUGGGACUUUUUGGCCUGGGAUUUGCAGCUGUAGCAGCUUUAUGGACAGCAACAAACUUUGUUACGGCUAUUGACAAGCUGCCACUGCUUCCAGGUUUAUUAGAAUUCAUAGGAGCACUGGUUUCUUGGUGGUUCGUGUAUCGCUACCUCUUGUUCAAACCUAAUCGGGAAGAGCUUUUGCAGAUAAUCAACAAGUCAAUAGCAGAUGUACUCGGACAGUAAAUUGUCCUUGUUUGUUUUGUAAUGUAAGUGGCUCAAUUUGGACCAAUCUCUCCAUUAUAUUAGUAGUUCAUUUUAACGAAGUGGUGAGGAAGGACUCAAAGAGGUCUACUUUCUAAACUGUAUUCUACAUUCAACGUGUGAAUUUUAACGAAUCUUAGUGUUUGGUUCAUCAAUGCAUUACAAUCCCAAACCUUCUUUUUCAUAA